ACCCAGCCCGCCCUUUCUGUCGCUGGCCGAGAGUAGUCAGAAUGUCAAACAGCUGGCCGACGUGUAAAAAAACCGGCUCUAUAAAAAUGAAAGGGAUACUCAAUACCGAUUAAUCAUUUGUUAUCAAAAAAGGAUAAAAAUAUCUGUAGCAGAGGAUAACAGGUCGAACCAGGAAUGGCUUCCAAAGGUUCAAAGUCAAAAGGCAAAUCACGCUCGAAGAAACGCCAGCCAGCUCCAUCUACCUUCAAUAUUAAUAUCGAGAAAUUCAUCGACAUACAACAGAGUAACGGCAUUGUCGUCGGGGACCAGAAUGUUGUUCAUAUGGAAGAAAAUGCCAAACGUUUGAUUGAAGACCCCAAAGAAUUUCGGCUGUCUCGGAACGAAGUCGCCAUUGGGUUUGUAAAUGCAAUCCUUUGUCCUGAUGGAAGUGGCCCUGUCAAAGGUAUACCACUGUUGGAUUUACAACAAAGGGUUGAAAAUCAAAUAAAUUUGCUGCAACCUGGAAAACAUAUCUCUUUUGAAGAUUUCGCUGGACAUCAAAUCCAAAACUUUGUCGACAGAAACACGGAUUGGUAUGUUAAAUUCAAAGACAAGGGAAAGAUUUUGGUUCGACUACUUCCAAACAAAAUUAAGGAGAAAAUGCCUUUAAAAGUACAGGGAAAGCCUCCAUUAGUAAGUGAUCAACUAUCAGUCAGUGCAAACGAAGCGUCAGAUGCGGACCUUGGUGUAACUGACUACGAAACUGCUUCAUCAGAUUUUGAAAAUAUCCAACAAGUUUUAAAUGUAAGUGAAUUUUCUUCCCAGGCCAGUAAUGACAGAUGUUCUGUCGAUGAACCCGAUGAAAUCCCCUGGACUGAAAAGAUCCGCACGAAACACCAUAAAAAACUUUUAAAAAGAACUUCAUCUGAUGGAGAUUCCAUUCCAACAUUCUAUCAAAACUCUUCUUCCCAAAAAAUAAUAUUGAAAGAGAAAAAAAAGCAAUUCACGCGAUCAAGUGAAAAGUAUUUUGUCCAACUACUAGAGCGUGGUGAGAGUAAAACUGUUUUGAUCCGCAAUAUUCAUGGAUGCAUAAAAAAGUCAUCGGAUUUCGCAUUAGACAUGGUAAGUGUUUGGAAUACACCAAGAGAAGAAUCGGGAUUCAUAAUUAUUCAGGAUGAUCAUCUAGAAUCUGAAAUUGAUGAUGAUGAUAUAAGUAAACUAAAAAAUGCUUUGGAAAAGCAGAGUAGCUCUUUUUCAUAUUUUCCAUGCUGUGAAUACGAAGUUGUGACAUUUCAAAAAAGAAUGUUUAUAACAAUAGAAAUUGCACACCUGCAUGAUAACCGCAUGCCAAUACUUAAAAGCGAUCAAUGUGCUUCUGAUGAUUUCCAGCAAUUAUGGUGCAGAAGUGGAACUAAAAGGAAAUUGGUCAAGAUGAAUGACCCAGAAAUUUUUGCGAUCUAUAGCUGGUUUCAACAAAGGGAGGUAGAGCUUCGGAAAAAACAAUCGGUACAGCAAAAAUCAGACACAGAUAAUCAGGAACCAAGAAUUUCUAACUCAGUUUGCUGGAAUGGUGAGCUUUCAUUUGAUAACUCAAUUAAAAAUUUUUUGGAAAAGGUUCAAAGAUUCAAGAAAGGCCAUUUUUCCCUUAUGACCGGGGAUAUACGAUGUAAAUCUAAAAAUCUUAGUGCCUUUUCAAAGCUGCCAUUGAUAUCAGUUUACGAUUUUGAUAUAAAGGGUCGAGAGUGUGGAUUAUUAAAUGCAAAUGAACCAACCAUGAUUGAAAAUAGAUCUCUGCAGAUAUACACAUGGAAAGACAAUUUACCAGGACUUUCUGAGGAAUCUACCCUGUGGACUUUUCUUCUAGGUAGACGAGACCAGCCAGAUAGUCGGAUGAGUGAUGACAAUGACAUCAGGCUUUGGUUAAAACAAGUGUCUGCAAAAUUACAAAUACAUGCAGAGCAAAUCCAAAGAUUUGUAAAUGGAUAUACCGUCCUAACAGUGCUUAUUCUUUGGCCAGAAAACGAAGAUCUUGUUGGAUUCAUGCAAAAGUUUAUACAAAUAUGCUUAGAUGAAAAUCUGGAACCUUCUCCAAAACUGAUUUUGUGCAUGUCUAAUGAACCAAAAACAGAAACUGGUAGGUCAUAUUUAAACACCUUAUGGCGAGAAUGGAACCAACAUGUUUAUAUAUUCAAGCUUUCUAUGGAAGAUAUUUGUUCUGCCAUUGAUUCAGUUUUGAACAGUGAUCAAGGAAUUCCCAAAAAUGGAUACAUUAUCCCUGCUUAUGAUGGAAAAUGUUCACUGUCUGCCAGAGAAGCGUCUUGGUUGAGAGAGGACAUGGAAGUGUUAUACCAGGACAAUCCGUAUAACAAAGCAUUAGAGGACGUGGAUGCAUUGUCAGAGGAGAGACACCAGUUUUACAGGGGAGGAAGUUUCCACUGGUUUGCUUGGUAUGAAUGUGGAAAUGAUCGUGUUGAUGUUGAUCGAGAUUUAAAAAAGUCAAUUGUCUCAAAAUUAGAUGCAAUUAUUGAAAGUAACAAAAGCGAAAUAGUGUACUUGUACCAUGCUCCAGGUUCAGGAGGAACAACGCUUGCGCAGAGAGUCUUGUGGGACUUUCAUCAAAAAAUCCCUUGUGUCCAUAUUAAGUUAAGAACCGCGUCUCCUGUUAUGGAAUUAGUUGUGAAGGUUGAAAUGUUGCAUGACAAAUCCCAUAAACCUGUGCUGUUGAUGAUCGACGGUGAAGAAGAAUCUCGAGUUCGACAUUUAAUGAGACUACUGACGUCUAAUGCAAUAGCCAUUAUUCUGUAUGUGAAGCAAUAUCCAUAUCAAAUAAAAAAGGGGGAAACCAUGAGAACAAAAGUAUUUUUGGAAAGUACGGUAUCAUCAAAGGAAGCAAAAAAUCUCGCCAUGAAAUACGGUGACCGAUGCUUCGGAGAUCAAUAUAAAAUUAAUACAUUAAACAAACUUAGCAGGGACGUUGAAAAGAAAGAGCCCCACUUUCUUUACGAAUUUGGACUUGCAGCAUUUACUCAUGAUUUUAAAGGGGUCGAGGCAUACGUUAAGGGAUAUCUCCGGCUUCAAGACAACACUGAUGGAAAACUGAAACAUUGGCAAAAGAUUUUGGGUUAUCUUUCCCUAGUUUACUAUUACGGUCAAGCCUCCCUCCCCUGUCAGUUUUUCCAGCCACUUUUAUGUAUGAAAGAAGACGAAGUUGUCGAUAUUGAUGACUUCGGCUAUCCUAUCAAGGAUUUCGUCGUCGUCGACAAGAACGAAGCUAGAAAGGGCAAUGUGAGGAUUUGUCAUCAUAUCAUUGCACAAGAGAUUUUGCAGCAGAUCUUGGGUGACCCAAGGGAGAAGUUUGAAAGGGGUCCCGAUCUAAGCAAGUCGGCAAGACAGUCAUUAGAAUCAUUUUGCAUUGAUUUUAUAGAUUAUGCGAGUAGUAGAAAACAGCAAACAUGUGGAACCAUAGCGCAUGUAUUGGCGCGGACGUUUAUAUUCAGGGACAACAGAGAAAUUAGUGAGACAGCUGAACAAGGGCGGAGAAAACCAAGAUUAGCAAGAAUUAUAAUAGACAUCUCUUCAAAGCAACCACUGUUUACUGAAAGGUUAAAUGUAUUGAAAAAGCUGACUGAUGCCUUUCCGGAGGAUCCCAACUUUAUUGCUCAUUUAGGAAGAUUUUAUGCAUAUUGUCGGCCAGAUGAUCAAAAGAUAGCAGAACAAUGUUUACAAAAAGCUCUUGACUUGGCAAACGAGCAAACAAAAGGUAAAAAGAUUGAGGAACUUGACGAGAGAUGGAAACUAUCGCUUAUGCAUAUCUAUCAUAUGUAUGGAACUAUAAUCCAAAAACAAAUCGCGAUGUACACGGGUCAAGCAAUCGAUGAUAUUCCCCCUAGGAAGACUAAAGGUGUAAACGUGAAAACACGACUGGAGUAUUUAAUACCUCUUGCUGAAAGAUCUUGCAGUUACUUUACCCUUUGUCGUGAAUGCACCCCUCCAGGGAGAGAAAAUUGUUAUGGGUAUGUUGGGGAAAUCAAUGUUAGACUGCAAAUUUGCGACUUUGUGGAAAAGCACUUUGAAAUGAAUGAUUCUCGAGGAAUCAAGGGAUUUCUUCGUACAAGGUCCGACGACUGGCAAGGAACCGACUUUGUGAAGAAAAGUAUUUCUAUCAUUGACACACUUUUGAUGGAAUGUUACAAUGUAAUAGAUCAGGACGACAUGGACCCAUCAAUUCAAAGUUCCGUAUUCUGGUACAAUUUCCUUUUCCAUAAAAAUACCGUUAACCUUGACACGUUAUCUAGUUCUCAAGAUCCGACAACAUUUCGCCUGCGAAUUGCAAUGAAGAAACUGAAAUGCGUUGGAAAAAGCAAAGAUUAUACAGUAUUAGAACAUAUCCAAUCAACCAAUGAUAUAAAUGACAUAGUUUCUUGGUACGAGGAAAUUUUUAGAAAAAAUGGACCAUUAGAAAACAAGCGGGCUUUAGAUCGAGAUUAUCAAGAGUGGCUCUUUGCAAUACGACAUGCAAAAUGCAGUAAGCACUAUGAAUUAGAAAAUGUUUUACUUGUUGUUAAACAGUGGGAAGAUCAACUGAAAACACCAAUGUCCAAAUUUUACAAUUUUAUUUUUACUAGUCUCAUGGGAUUUGGCUCGAAGAAAUUCAGUGGGAAAACGGAAUGCCUUCUAGAGGCUCAGCGGAUUUUGAAAAACGACAUGAAAAAAGCUGGAAAAUUCCUUUUAAAACCAAAGUAUCCUCGGGAAUGGCUAGGAAAGGAUGAAACUGGAGUUCGACGCCUUGUGUCAGGGACUAGAUUCUUGAGCCUGAAUCUGAGUGAUCGAGACGUGGUGAAGAGUUUGAUGAUGUCUGAUUUAGCAGUCUGCAAAGGAACAAUUUGUCAACCGAACAACAAAAAAGGCGCAGGGUUUAUAUCUCUUGACCUUGGGGAUAAUUUGGUUCAGGUGACAGUGUUCUACAUCCCUAACGUCUGUAACCUUGUUGGGUCCCACUAUGGAGGUCAAAGGGUUGAGUUUGUGAUAGGUUUUACAGUAGAAAAUGGAUAUGAGGCUUUUAAUGUUAAGUUACUAGAAAAAUAUGGAUGUGGGUCCUGCUGCGGCUCGGUUGAAAUAACACAACAUGAAACUUUUGCUACGUGUGGUAUAUGUGGCAAUAAGGUCGUUAAAGAAGAUAUGAAUCGCAUAUCAUCAGAUUAAGCAAUUGUAAAGAGAUUUCAAACAAAAUUGUGAUAAUCAGAGGUCAUUGGUUUUGGUUCUUAGAGAUUGAUGGUUGUUUUGUUAAAAUACAUGAACUGCAUCGCUUACUACGCAACUGUCCUCCCUUUUUAAAUCUUUACUUUGUUAAUGUGUAUAAUACAAUAUGUUCCUCUUUAUAAGAUUAAGGUCCAUAUUUUUCUCUUAAUUUUACAUAUAUUUUUAAGAGAGUUUUUAGUCCAUCCAUGAUAUAAAAAGGAAAUAUGAAUUCACGACAUAUUAAUUCGUAAAAAAAAAUCCAACGCAAUUUGAUAAAUAUUUCAAAGUGCAUAACUUUUUCAAAAUGUAAUGCCACAGCCGUCUUCAAAUCUUUAAGUAUGGAAUCAAACAUUUUGAAACCAAUUAUCUUGUAAAUGCUUCUUGAUCAUCUUCAUCUUUAACUGUAUACAUGUAUGUAUAUGUAAUUUGAAUAUUUGUUUUUGUUUUGCGGUGGGUUAACUCGAAGACAAUAACUUUUAUUGAUUUUCUCCACAUUUUUGUUUUGGCUUUUGAAUCUAUUAGUUUCUUUGGCAUUAUAGCAUAAUUAAUCUUAUGAAUGGCAAUUGUGUUUUGUUAUAGGGUAAUAAAUUUUACAAUAUUAUAGUCCUAAUGCAAUGCCAAUGACAAUGAACUUUAUUCUCAUAAUUGAAUUUACAGUGUAGAGAAAAUACUUAAUAUGUACAGUAUGUACAAACUUCAAUAUAUAUAAUAGAUGAAAAUCAUUGGUACAUGCAUGAUGAAGGGAUAACCGAUAUGAUUUAACCAAGAGAGCUAACUCUCUCAAAUAUAGUAUCUAAUAGUUUACAAAUAUUGGUAAGUUGGUUUAUGUUUGUGACAUUAAACAGUGUUUCAAAUUUUACAUUUGGAUUUGUUAUGAUAUGAUUUGGGAAACAUAUAUAACCCUUGAAUUGGAUAUAUAUACAUCAGUACAUUUAAAAAGGUAGUGAAAUUCAUCUCCAAUUUCAUUGCAGGCACAUAAUUUACAAACUCUGUUUUCUCUAGGAAUAUUAAACCAUCUCCCUAUCUCAAUAGGUAAUAUAGCAUUAUCUGUUCUAAAAUUACAUGAAUUGUUGUCUUUAGACUGUGCUAAUAGAAUAAUUGUAAGUCAAUUGUUUAUAUUUAUAUUAGUAUGUUUAUAUCAACUGGUUUUUGUAUGUCUAUGAGCUGUAUAGCUGUUGAUCAAUAAACAAUACAAUACAGUAAGAGAAAAAAUACGAUACAAAAGGACAUACGAUACAAAAGGAACCAAUAUCCUAUCAUAAUUGUUGUGUAGUAAGUUAUGGUUUACUUAUGAAAAUAUACUCAUCCGAAUAUGUUUAAGCUAGUCGAUCUUUGGUGUCAGGUUAUUUAGUCAUUUAAAAUUAUUUGAUUUAACCAUAUCAAAUGUUUUGAUACUGAUAAGAAUAUUAUUUUUAUUAUAUUAUCAUAUUACAAUUGUUUGGUUUAUUUAUAUGUUUAGGGUAACAUUUUCAAUGUCUACUUACUUGUGUUGUUGUUUUCGAGUUGUCUUUCUUUGAACAGCAUGGUAGUGUAGAUAUAUGCAAUAAACAACAAUACCUCGGACUUAUCAUUAUACACAUGUACCAGUAUAUAAUUUUUGUUUAAUAAACCAAAAACUGAAUUGGGCUUAAUUUUCUUGAACAAAUAAAGAGAUUGUUUGAAAUAUUCUUCUUCAGCACAAGUCUGAAGCAUAUCAAGGGAAAUGCAUACAGUUUAUCAACACUGUAAUGUGUAUGUGUAGUAAAUGGCAAUCCAAUGUAAAUAUUUGGGUUUUUAUUAUAAAACUUUAGAGACAAAAUAAACUUUGAGCUAUUUCUUUUUACAUCUUUUGGACGAAGAAAACAUUAUAGGUUAUAACUAAGUAGUUCUC